CUCUUUUGCGCAGCAAAGCUUCGGAUAAGCCCAUCUAUACUCAAAAGCUUCAGAAGACAAUCUCCUGUCUUCAAUGGCGACAACUACUCCAUUAUCAUCCAACACAACCUCCUCUUCUUCUUCACUCUCAAUCCACAUUCCCCCUUUUUCUCUAUUCCCAAAACCCACUUCAUUUCUCUCCUUCUCAGACUUAAAACCCUUCUUUAUUUCCCUCUCCUUAACUCGUUCCUUUCAAACUCGCCUCACUUUCUGCAACAAACCUGACAUUGACAUAACCUUCUUUGAUGAAGUAAACCCAGAUGAAGAUAUCACCUUUAACCCACCUGAAAAACCUGAAGGUUUCAUCCCACCUCGUGCCAUUGAUGAACCUCCAUUUGAGUCUGAAGAGGAUGUUGCUAAAGCUUAUGAAGAGCUUUAUGGUCCUGCUUAUAGUGGGGAAACUUUUCUUGGGAAUGAUAUUUAUGUCAUGGAUUCUAAGGUUAAAAAAUCAUCUGGGUUUGGUUCUAAAGGCAAGAAAGAGAAAGUUAGAGAUGGUUUUGAAGAGAAUGUUGUUCAGGUUAGAAGAGUGACUAAAGUGGUUAAGGGAGGCAAGCACAUGAGAUUCAGGGCAAUUGUGGUUGUAGGUGACAAGAAGGGGCAAGUUGGGGUUGGAGUUGGUAAAGCCAAGGAGGUAAUAGCUGCAGUCCAGAAAGCAGCCACAGAUGCUCGUCGGAAUGUCAUAACUGUGCCCAUGACAAAGUAUUUGACGUUUCCUCACAGAAAUGAGGCUGACUACGGGGCAGCAAGGGUGAUGCUUAGACCUGCAGCACCUGGUACAGGAGUUAUCGCUGGAGGUGCAGUCAGAACCGUGCUUGAAAUGGCAGGUGUGGAGAACGCGUUAGGCAAGCAACUAGGAAGUAACAACGCCCUCAACAAUGCGAGAGCCACAAUUCUGGCAGUACAGACUAUGAAACAGUUUAGUGAUGUGGCUCGUGAGCGUGGAAUUCCAAUGGAGGAACUCUGGAAGUGAUUCACAGUCAUCCAUAUGCAUAUCUGUUGAUUCCUUGAUUACCCAUUCUACUGUUUGUUACAUCUAAUUGUAAAUUUAUUGCAGUAUCAAUGCUUUGUUCAAGUAAUCUUGUAGAUCACUUUGGUUAGAUGAGCUAAAGUUUUUGAGGUAGUGUUUAUGCUUCUGAAAGUAAUGUAAAGAAACCUCAUAAGCAAAUUUAACGAGAUGAUUAAUAUGUUAUUUGAAUCCACUUUACUUUUUGCGUGUC